AUGAGUGAAUAAUAUUCGAAGGGUGAGAGUCAAGAAAACUCAAGUGUAUUAUCUUCAUAGGAAGAAUAAUAAAAGAAAUAGGUAAAACCAGCUGAAUUAGUAAAUCUACCAAAGGGAUCUUCAUAAUCCUUAAUAAUUAAUGAGUAAACUUCAACUAGAGAAGAAAGAAAAAUAAAAUAGUAUUUACAACGUAUACAGGAGAAAGAACGUCAGGAAGAGGCUGCUACACUUAAGCGUAAGCGGUCUAAGCCGAACCCGCCAUUGAAGUAACAAGACAGUCAAGAAUAGCCAACCAGCUCUGAAAAUAAGGAAGAAGAGGGGAAUCAACAGCUAGCUUAGUCUCUCUAGUUAAAUCCAUUGUUGGUCCCAUAGUAAAGUGUCCAAUAAUCAGAAACAUCCUCUUCAUAGACAAAGUUGAGACUGAACCCAAAAUUAAAAAUGAAGGAACAACACCACAUCUAUCUUUACUUGUCAGAUUGCUAGGACCGUAGUUUUGAAGGAAUGCAAGAUUUUUAAGCAUCCGCAACUCAAUUUUAUUCACCCUAAAAAUAAAGUAAAGAUUAAACAAGUUUAAGUCAAAUAAAUCAGGAGAUAUUUUAGGAAACUUAAUAUUUAAUAAAAAAUAUUAAAAAUUAAUAUUAAUAAUACAUAGAACCCAUUCAAAGUGUAAAUUCAAACGAUUAGAAGGACUUUUACAAUAAAUAUUUUGAUAAAAAGUACGUUGAGUCAGUCAUAAGAGAGAGUAGAUUGUAAAUUCAUAAGAAAUCAGGAUUAGAAAAAUAAACAUCGAUUGGAAAAUUAAUUCCAAAAAAACAUUGA